UGUUAAUUAAUUAGAAUAAAAUUAUACAAAAGGACAGUGGUCAGUGGCGGCACGCAACGUCUUUAAAGAACAUUAAAGAGUGUCGUUCUGGUAGGUAAGUAGGCAAGGAAGAUAGGUAAACAAGUAGAUUCGAAGUUAGGCGGGAGAGGAUGUAGAGUCGCGAACGAAUCGGAGCGCGUGUAGCGGUGGUGGGGGAAAGUGCCGGUCGGUCGAAUUGGAGAAUACGCGGUGCCACUCUGAGCACUUCUUCAGUCGCAUCGAGCUACUCGUGGAAGGCGCGUCGCGUUGUGCAUGCAUGCAUGCUUGCGUGCGGUUAAACGUGCGUGCAUGUGUGUGCUUAUUAUUGUGGUGUACCCAAAGUGGUCGAGUGUGCAUGUGUGCGGGCCAUAACACGGUGUCGCGCGGUCUCGAUAGUGCAUGUCGUGAUUACUAUAGUCAUCGUCUCGCCUCUCCGUCCAUCGUGAUCACACCAAAUGCACGAGUCGCGCUUCUCGAGAUCUCGCAGUAACAACACCCUUGCUCGUCAUUGCUGUGUCGUUUGACAGCGCGGCCGAUUCGAAGAACGGGAAGGAAAGGGGAAGUCGCGUCUCGUACCGCGGUUGAUGACUCUUCGAACGAUCGUGCCGAAUACGCGACGAAGGAGGAGGAAGAGAAAUUGAAUCGUCUCGUCUCGUCUAGCCCGUGCUCCGUUUUUUUUUCUCGUUCCAUUUUCUCCUCACUUUCGAGACGAUUUACCGAACUUACUGGCCCUUUAAGCUCGUUUCUUCUCGGUUUCUUUCUUUGUUAUCGGUUCAAUUUACCGACCGAACAUUUUACCAACAUGAAAAUAACACAGAGGUAUCGUCGUGCAAUUCUGGCACCUGUGUCGAUCGUGAUAUUAUUAUGCGGUUGCACCGAUCUCGUGUCCUCUCGAUCGCCGCGUUUCGCCGAACAUCCAAAAAACGAUACCGCAUCGGUGUUCGCUGAUUGUGAACGUGUGAAGCCUUUCUUCGACAGCAAGAAUAUCUCGAUCGCAGCUGCGAAGCAAAACACACCGGAGGAUGUGGCUAAAACAACUUGUUCUGGUUUGUGCUGCAACCGGGAGACCGAAGAGCAAUUAAGACAUCAGGCCAGAGCAGAUUUUCACGAUUUGAUCCAUCAUCAUAGCAGAAGUCUGCAAGGUCUUCUGGCAACAACGGCGGAUGCAUUAAGAGAAACGGUAACGAUGCUCGCGAGGCAGUCGGAGAACAAAACCUUAACCCUGUUCGAUCAAGUGUACCGUACAAUGGCAGUGUUGAGCAGACCUUCGAUAAAGGCACUGUACCAGGCUAUGGUUGAUUACGUGUCACCUAGUAACACGCCGGACACUUUGCAACAGCCUCUUACACGCGAUUUGCUUCAGGAACGUUUCAUCGAGUUCUUCACCAAGUUGUUCCCGAUCGCGUAUCACAAUGCCGUGAAUCCGCGUCAGUACGAGCAAGAUUUCACGGAGAAGUUUAAGAACUGCUUGUACGAAACUAUGGAGGAAAUACAACCGUUCGGUGACAUACCUAAACAGGUGUCGAAGUCGGUCAGCAAGAGCCUCGAAGCUACCAGGGUACUGGUGCAAGCCUUGACUCUUGGCAAAACGGUUCUGGAUAGAACGGACAGCGUGCUGUUUUCCGGUACCAGCCCACAGCAGGAAGCCUGCUACGGUGCGUUGCUCAGGAUGACCUAUUGUCCGAGGUGCAAGGGCAUCGGUCCCUCAGUCAGGCCCUGCAGCGGAUUCUGCACUAAUGUCAUGAGAGGAUGCUUGACAGAACCAGCAUCCGAACUAGACCUGGCAUGGUCCGGCUACGUGGAAACGGUCGAGAGGCUGGUUGUGGCGGUCGACGGUCGUAACGAUCAGUCGGGCCUGAAUGCCGAGAGGGCUGUCAGACAGUUGGACACCCGCAUUUCGGACGCCAUUAUGCACGCGAUGGAAAACGGGCCGGCGCUCGAGGAGAAGGUGAGAAAAGUGUGCGGUCGUUCGGAGCUGCAACCAUCGAACGAAGGGUCCGUUACGGGUUCGGAUGCAGCUGCAACGGGGAAAUCGACGUCGAACAACUUGGAGAUGCACGCAGCUGCAUCGGCUGGCACGCAUAGAACAGUACCAACUCAGUUGUACGUGCAGCUGGGUAAUUUCUUGGCCAGUGUCGUCAGAUCAAGGACCUUCUAUGGCACUUUGGCCGACACGAUCUGCGAAGAGUAUCCUGACAAACGAUGCUGGAAUGGCGAACGCGUCGGAGAGUAUACAAAGACGGUGGUGGACUCUAGUUUAAUGGCGCAACGGUACAACCCUGAGUUUACGAUAACGACAAUGUCACCGACGACAACUUCCUACGGCAAUGCGAACACUAGCGUGCUCAUUGACCAAUUGAGGCACAUUAAUCAGAUUUUGCAGUCUCAAUUGGCGGCAGCGCCUGACAGUGGAAUCCUGCUCGCCGACGAAGCCUUGGAUGGUUCAGGAAGCGGUGACAGGCCAAUUUGGAGGAAGAAUAACAAAGAUGGCAUCGAUAACGAUGACGAGGACGAGCAUGGUUACGAUCGCGAUGACGAAGAGGCCUCUGGAUCAGGAAUGGGCCCACCAGGGGUUACACCAGAUCCGAUGCUGAACACGAAUCGCGACAAGCCAAUCGCAGCCGGUUCAUCGAACGUUCUCGCGUCGUCGAUCGUGUUUGCGAUCGCGUUCGCGGUACCCGUGAUCGCUUAAGCUUCAUGAAAAUCGAGCGUGAAAGAAGGGAAACGACGUUUCGACGAGCCGCGACCUAGACGUAGACAAACGAGUUUGGAGCCCGCGUCGGCGAACAGGAUGAUCCUGCUCGACACGAGGGAACCGAUCCUCAUCCGGAUCGUACGAAAUCUGCUUGAUAGGUAUUUUACCGUGUCGCCGCGACUUCCCAUAGAAACAACUGGAGAUCUGUUUUCGUCGCUCGUCGCUGAGAAUCGUGAACGCCGUUGUGCCGAUCGAUCGAACGGAAAGACUGUUUUUCGUAAUAGAAUCGUUUUACGCGAACGGACAAUUGAUUCCUAGGCUAUAAAAAAAAAGAAAGAAAGAAAGAAAAAAAAAAUGAAAAUCAGUACGCGCGAGGAUAAAAGAUCGUUGGAUCGUUUCUAAGCGGCCAGUCGUGCCUAGCUUCUAACGGCCUAACGACGCGUUUAUCGUCGACGAGUGGAAGCUUCGAGGAACAACGGGGGAGAGACCGGGCUCUUGUUGUACAUUUUGUUGCUCGUGAACGAGGAUGGAGAGAAAUUUAUGUAUAAAAAACUCUAGAAAAAUCGUCUGAACCCCUGCUCCACGAAGAAAGAACGGUAGGGUAAGAAUCGUCGAAGAACGAUACGGAUUCCUGGGAAGGAAGAAAGUCCUGUUUAUCGAAGAUACUGGUGGAAUUCGAGGAACAAAAGGGGGACAUGCGUUCUACGAAAUUGAAAGUAAUUAGACAAAAUUUUCAGAGGAUGAUCCUCGUAGAGAGCUGGAAUGUUGUGUACCGUCUCGUUGGAUGAUCGAAUGGUAUUACCUGCUGGAGAUAAAAUUAACUUCACACCGUUUGUCUAUGUUAUUAGCAGUGACUGAUGAUACGUUGCCAUAUUAACGAAAUAGAGAUACAAAGGGAUUAUUGGCCAGACGCGAAUUGUAACCCGCGCGUUUGACCGAACCGCGGUCCGUAUUUAUUAAAAUCGCGUACAGAAAGAAAGAGUUUGGAUACACUCGUUCGAUCGUUGGAUGAUUGGGGAGGGAGAAACGACCAUCCGAACCCCGAGCAAUAAUCGUGCAUCGUUGAUACGCACACUCGUUUCGCUGUGAACAUUACCGAGAGGAUGAGAGAAUCGGCAUCGAAGUCAAAGUGUUUUUUUUUUUUUUUCGAUGGAGAGAAGCUCUACGGUUUCCGUUUCGGUGGCUUUUUAAUAAUUCAAAGGGACUCCGACUACUGUGCCUCGCGUUCAACGCUGUUCUUCGUCGACGCGUUACGAUGUAUAGUUUGACGGGAAGGUAUAGGGCGGUCGUGAAUUAUAGCAUCGAUUCGAGGCAGCUAGGGUGGUGCGCGUCUUGGAUCGGUUUCUAAGUGCUAUACGGGUGCUUGCACUUAAUUUUAACCCUUUAGGUAUCGCGGGCUCAUGAACGCAUCAAUUUAUUAAUUGGCACGUUCAGUUGUUGAAAGUAUUUAAAUAAGAACUAUAUAGCGUUUUUGGCAGCCUACGAUAAUAGCGUAAGGGUUGAAUCUUACGAUCGCGCUAUAUCUCCAAUCUAACUAUACUGGCGACGCAAAGCGUCCUCCUUCGUCACGCAUGCCAUACCGCAAAAGCUAACUGCCAAAACGCCGAUUGAGCGAGGCUCGAUUUUAGAGACUUUUAUACUGGAGGCAAGCUUCCAGAGCAGACGUGGGCAAUUCGAUGCCCAUAAGUUAGGUAUGAGCAUCUGGGCAAUCGCUUCGGGGCAAUGUUUUAUAUUAGAAGUGGAGGGAACGAGACCGAUGUGUUAUUCGUGAAUGCUUAAUACAACGCUGUUGUUCUUCUGUUUCGUGCAAAAACUAACGCGUUUCAUUGGCUAUUUUCAUAAUUGAAUAAAAAUUUAUUUAUAAUUUAAUUUAUUAACGUGAUACAAUGUUAUCGAUCAAUUUAUUUAUAGGAAAUUUGGUACCAGAAAACACUAUCGGAAAUGCAAUGAACAAUACUAUAAUGACGAGUUAUACAAUUUUGUAUUUUAAUAAUUGCAUUAAGUUGAUGCAUCUGUAAACAUCAUAAUUGAAUAAAUGAAAUGUUUAAAUUUAACGAGA